AUACACUCAACCUGGGCCUUGAUAUAGGACCGACUGUCUUCAGGCUGAGACCAUGGAUGAAUGUCAAACGAGUGUCUAUCAAGUUUUUGUCUCGCCGCCGGCGAAUUACCGCUAUAGGAUUAGGCCUUGAUAGCAGGGAAGAAAAAGACACGGCUAUAUAAGGAUCCCUUAUCUAAAUCAUUGCUCGUUCACUCAUCUCAUCGAUACUUACUCUACGACAGUAAAGAUUAAUCAGCCAUGCUCUCGCAGAUUGCUCUCCUUCCUGCCUUCCUCCCCAUGGCUCUGGCCUGUCUGGGCUACGAAGGGGGAGUUCCGACACCAACGGCUCACCACUCUAACAGCGCGGUGAUUGAGAUUGCAGCCGGCGAGGUCUUCGAUGCUGGCUGGGCCAAGUAUGAUCGUGGAUCUGGUGCGUGCGGCGGUCAAACCGAGGGAGACUGGAAAGACGCAGUCUUCUACCUCCACUCCGGCGCCACCCUGAAGAACGUUAUUAUAGGCGCCGAUCAAUCUGAGGGUGUUCACUGCGAUGGUCCUUGUACCCUUGAAUACGUCUGGUUCGAAGAUGUCUGCGAGGAUGCGAUUAGCAUAAAAAACGACAAAGCGGGACAAGAGACGUGGAUUAUCGGUGGUGGAGCAUACCACGCUUCUGACAAAAUUGUUCAGCACAACGGUUGCGGUACGGUGAAUAUUAUCAACUUCUAUGCCGAAGACUACGGCAAGGUGUACCGGUCUUGCGGAAACUGCUCCAGCCAGUGCAAGCGGAAUAUCUAUGUCGAAGGAACCACCGCUCGGGAUGGUGGUGAGGUUGUUGGUAUUAACCAGAGCUUUGGUGACACUGCUACCCUGGUUAAUGUUUGCACUGAUGCUGAUCACCCUUGUGUUAUGUAUGAUGGGUGCGAGGGUAACUGCGAGCCCAGCAAGGUUGGAUAUUGCUCUGGGUAA